AUGCCUUCAUCAUCAUACCUCCCUUCAUACGGGGGUGGAGCGGGAAGACGGAGUUCAGGUUCCUCGUCAAUUUCAUCAUCGGCCUCCAGCUCAGCAGCAGCUAAGAAGGCUUCUGCCGAACGGAACCAGCAAGUUCUUCGUACGCUGUUAAAUGACCCUGGUAACAAAUUUUGCGGAGAUUGCAAGACUUCUGGACACCCUCGCUGGGCCAGCUGGAGCAUUGGCAUUUUCUUGUGUAUCCGGUAUGUUAUCCAUCUUUCUAAAUAUUAUCUCUGGGUAGUUUUAAGAUUGUUAGAUUCGUGGACUGUUUGUACUAACGAUGCCUAUAGUUGUUCAGGAAUUCAUCGUAGCAUGGGAACACAUAUUAGUAAGGUAAGAUCAAUUGAUUUAGACAGUUGGUCAGACGAACAAAUUGAAAAUAUGGUCAAAUGGGGAAAUAAACGAGCAAACUUGUACUGGGAACACAAGUUACCUGCUAACUAUAUCCCCGACGAUAGUAAAAUAGCGAAUUUCAUACGUACAAAGUACGAUUUGAAGAGAUGGGUCAUGUCCGGUGGUAUUCCGGAUCCAGCGACCCUGGGUGAACCAGAAGCAUCUCAAAACGAUAGUACACCACUUUCUGAAGUCAAAAGUCGUCUCACGGGUGAUUCAAAUUUAAAGCCGGCUGUACCUUCAAAAGUUAACAAGGCUGCUAGUUCGGCCUCCUCUGCUAAUCUAAUCCCUGACUUGUUAGGUGAUCCAGUCGCACCUAGCCCUUCUGUCCAGAGAACCACUGCCAGUUCAUCCAAUUUUGUAACGGCAAAUAAGUCUACUUCCGUGCCGCCUGCUGUACCUGCGAAGAAUGAUUUACUUGGAGGACUUGGUUUUCCAAGUACUACUCCUGCUCCUGAGGCAUCGCCGGUCUCAAGUCCGACUUCAGCCCCAGGACAAACUUCAGGCCCAACACCACCUCAAAAAUCUGAUAGCUUGUUAGGACUUGAUUUUUCAGCACCUAAUUCAGGUGCUGCUAGACCUGCUCAGCAAACCAAUCAACGGACUACCCAACAGUCAAGGCCAGAUCUGAAAAAAUCAAUCUUAUCUUUGUAUGCAUCUGCUGCUUCGCGACCUGCUAAUCCUAUUGCAUCGGUUAAUAACACUUCUGCUUUUGACACGCUCACGACACAGACAAGUGGCUUGUCUCUAGGUGGAGCGUCGCAACCCAUUAAUGCGUUCGGUAAUCCAGGAUUUGGUGGUUCGGCUAACACGGAAACGUCCGGUUUGAAUCUCAAUAAUUACAUGACAAACCCCGGUUCGGGGUCGGCUCCACCGUUUUCUAAUCUCAACAAUAACAACAGUUCUAGUAAUACCGACAAGAGCUCUAUUCAUGUCAAUAAUAGCAAUAAGACGAAUGUCAAUCUUUUUGACAACCUCAUAUCAGGCAGUAGUUCUUCAGCAUGGGCUUCCACACCAUCUGGACAUACUGUCCAUGCACGGAAGCCAUCAGUAGAUGAUGAGUGGGCCUCGUUCUCAUCAGCCCCUCCAACUAAACCAGUGUCAUCCUCCACAGGAGAAGACGAUUUGUUUCAGAAUGUUUGGAGCUAG